AUGGCUACCCACGAUCUUUUGUCGACCGAACACACUCCAGAUACCUCUAGCCUCCCAAUCAUUUCACGAAAGACGCAUUUUUUCCAUGGACAGCCCAAAUGGGCGCGACCACGCCUCUCCUUCAAGGUCCGCCAAACACGCUCCCCUCGAGUAGUCACCGGUGUCAUCUUUACAACCAUCUUCGUAAUGGCUUUCGGCGGUAACCUUAUGGCGGUGCCCGGGUUACGCUUAUGGGAAGAUAUCAUAUGCCAUCAUUACUACAACGAUUUACAAGGGGAGGAUCAUAUUGGAUUUGACGGGCAUAUCGAUGAAGGGCUGUGUAAAGAGGAUCAGGUUCAGAACCAGCUGAAUAUAUUUAUUGGGGUGCUUGCAUUUCUGACACCGAUACCAAGUCUUUUGACAACAAUUCCUUAUGGGCUCCUCGCUGAUAGGGUUGGACGAAAGCCCGUUUUUGCGCUUGCAAUGGUUGGAAUACUGUUAGGAGGGUGCUACAACAUGUUGGUUAUGAGUUUGUGGAGGAUCUUGCCAAUUCAGUUGCUAUGGUUCUCACCAAUUUUCACAUUGAUAGGGGGAGGUUCAGCUUUAACCUCAAUGAUGUUUUAUGCAAUUGGCUGUGAUAUUACUACAGAGGCAGACAGAACAAACCUAUUUUUAAUUGGGCAUGGCGCAGGUCUCUUAGGGGGACUGAUAGCACCUACUGUCGCAGGCGUUCUCAUGGCCAUAAGUCCCUGGAUAGCUAUGAUCUUAGGGAUGAUCAUCCUAGCAAUCGGAAGCUCUUUGGUCGUCUUCAUUCCAGAAACUCUCCAUCUUCGACUUUCAGCAUCAGGAACUCUUGUCGAGGCUUCUCAGGCCGAAAGAGACCUCUCCCCCACCAGGAAGACGGACAAGUCACGCUCAUACCUCGCAACUGUCAAGUCUCAGUUUGCGGAUGGUUUGAACAACAUAUCUAGCUCAACUGCAAUCCUGCACUCGCUCCCGGUAGUACUCCUUCUUCUCACAUUUGUAUCACAUUCUUUUGCGUCGGUCGGUGACGAUAUUUCGCUUCGAUAUAUCUCCAAGCGAUUUCAAUGGAAACUACAGGAGACGUCAUUCUUACUUUCACUUCGCGCUUCAAUAAACUUAGCGCUUGUUCUUGUCAUUAUUCCGCUCCUCUCCAGAAUUCUCAUGCAACGCCUCGGAUUCUCAUCAAAAGCCAAGGAUUUGUUCUUGGCCCGGUUCUCAAUCAUUGUACUGGUGAUGGGAGCGCUCUUGAUGGCUUCCAGUGAGACGAUUGGACUUACCAUCUUUGGCCUAAUAGUCACAACUCUUGGAACUGGGUAUUCUGCUUUUGCGAGAUCCCUGAUCACUACGCUGGUGGACCAGCAACACGUUGGUCGCCUUUUUGCAGCUGUCUCCGUCGUUGAGACAUUAGGCUCGCUCGCAGCUGGCCCCUCACUGAACGCGUUGUACUCUGUUGGAUUGAAGAAAGGCGGAUCUUGGAUUGGCCUUCCGUUCUACUGCGUCGCUGUCAUAUGUUCUAUCGCUGGUGUGGGCGUAUGGUCAUUCGGGAUAUUAACGAGAAAGCAGCGGCGACGACAAGAGAUGGGCUUUGGCGAGGAGUACGGCGACGAUUAUGCAGAUGCGCAAUCACUAUUUGGAGAUCUAGACAUUCUGGACCACGCUGAUGGAGGAAGAAUAAGGAUAUAG